CCUGCCUUUGACGUCACACCCCUACCAGCCUUGCGCAGUUUGCAAGAAAUGCAUCGUAUGUGAGUGAAAUCACGUAGUAUAGCCUACUUCACCUUUGCACAGAGUUUGUGUCAAGCUCCUCCACAUUAUGAACGCUUGGUUUAUAAAAAUAGCGUCGGAGUAUCUUCAGAUGCGUCGUAAACCCAAACACGUCGGAUUUCACUGGUCUCUCUAAGUUCUCUGUGCAAGGUGCACUGGAAGGGAACUGUUUCUAAUAAACAUGGCCUGGUCUUUGGGAUGUUGCAAUAAAGACACACCCCUCGAAGAGAUGAAUGCUGACCUAUUUUUUACCACUGUAUCAGGUGGCUCAAAACAAAGUUCCACACCGAUUUCCCAGGGCAUGUCCCGCUCAAAACCGGACAGUGCGAGGAGGCCAGUUAAAAUUCGUCCACCUAGCCCGAGAACGACUCCAAGGCAAACUGCUGGCCGCAGCCUGUCAUGUGAACCCCCAACCAAAUCCAUCAUCCAGAGGCGGACUCAAUCCCUUCCAUCUCCAUCAGAGAGAAGGAAGCUUAGUCGCAGAGCCAGCGUCCGAUUUGUGGACUCUUUGGGGUUGGACCUGGAAAAUGUCAAGAUUUUCAAAAGCGGCGAGGACCCAUUUGUCCCAGAGCAUGUUCUCUUCCGACUGUUAAUGAAUUCUGAGCUGGCCUCGAGUAAGAGGAUGGAGAUAUCCCUACCAUAUUUGAAACCCAUGUUCUCUGUCCAGCCAGGCGAAUGCUCAAACUUCACGGAUCGUCUGUGUUUUCAGCAAGUAUGUCUGGAGCGGGUUUUGUGCUAUGAGCCUGGCAUUAUAGGGAUCAUUCAAGUUGUAAAUUUGGCGUUUGAGAAGGAAGUGAGUGUUCGCUAUUCCUUUACAAACUGGAAGAGUUGCUCAGAAACCAAGGCUUACUGGGUUGCAAGCAAAUCUAUUUCAAAUGGCCCCUGCUGUGACACUUUUCGAUUUCAUCUCCCCGUUCCUCCAUUCAUCCUUCACCCUGGGGCUGUGCUGGAGUUUGCGGUCUGUUAUAAAGUAAUGGGGACUCAGUUUUGGGAUAACAAUGGUGGGCAGAAUUACAAAUUAACCUGUCAGAGUUACAACCUGCCUGUGCCGAAGGAAUGUGAAGACAGCAUGAUACACUUUAUCUGAGGACACUGAAAGUUAGAUGGAACUUAUUUUAGAGCACUGUUUUCACUUCUUUUUUUUUUUUACUUGCAACUACCAGCAUUUUCGCCAUGUGAUAUACAUUGCUGAGCUUCUGGAGGUCUUGCCAUAGCACAUUUCCUUUGUGAAUAAUAUUUUGAAAUAUGAGAAUUUUAACUAAGAACUGUUUAACUGCACUGUAGCACUGAGAGUAUUACUGUAUGAUGACUUUAUAAUGCAAUAUAGAAUCAAAAAGUGCCUUUACUGAAUUUUUUUUUUUUUUUUUUUACAUUUCAGAUUUGCUC